CAAUCCCUUAUCCCUGAACAUGGACAUGGCCAUGUCUUGCAACAGGUGGAGAAGGUUCUUCACAUGACAUCGGGAGUAGAAGAAAAUAGCUAUUCCCAUAACUCAGCACUUCAAAAAACAGUGAUUUCCAAGGUCAGACCAGUGUUAGAGGGCACUGUCAGAGCCUUAUAUAGCAAGGAAAACUUUCCUCGUUAUUUUUCCGUAGCAGACUUGGGUUGCUCUUCUGGACCCAACACACUUAUAGUUACCUACGAAAUGAUUGAUGCCAUAGUCGGACUGUGCCGAGAAACUGGACACUCUCCUCCUGAGCUCACAGUGUUUCUAAAUGACCUUCCAAGUAAUGAUUUCAACACUGAUUUCAAAUUACUGCCAGACUUUUAUGCUAUGUUGAAGAAGGAGAAAGGCAACGAUGUAGGGCCAUGUUUCAUAGCGGGAAUGCCAGGGUCCUUCUAUGGCAGGCUCUUUCCUAGCAAAAGCCUGGAUUUUGUUCAUUCUUCUUAUAGUGUGCAUUGGCUCUCUAAGGUACCUCAAGGGAUUAACAAUAACAAGGGGAACCUAUACAUGGGGAAGACAAGCCCUCACAAUGUAUUUGAGGCAUACUUGGAGCAAUUUCAGAGUGAUUUCUCACUUUUACUUCGCUCUCGUGCUGAUGAAAUAAAACUUGGAGGGCAAAUGAUUCUAACCUUUAUUGGUAGGAGUAUCAAAGAUCCCACUAGUAGAGAUUGUUGCCUCGUUUGGGAGCUGCUAGCAAAGUGUCUCCUUGACAUGGCUGCUGAAGGGCUAAUUGAAGAGGCUGAUAUCGACACGUUCAAUUUGCCUCACUACUCACCUUUCAUCGAAGAAGUAAAAACCAUUGUUGAAAAAGAGGGAUCCUUUGUUAUUGAUCGACUGGAAACAUUUGAAGUCAAUUUGGAUGGCAAUGACAACGAGGAAAACAAAAAUUACGUGUUUGACAAGUUUACAUGUGGACAAAAUGUGUCACGUUGCUAUAGAGCGAUUUCAGAAUCCUUGCUUGUUGAUCACUUUGGAGAGGAAAUUAUAGAUGAUUUAUUUGAGAGGUUUGCAGAGCGUAUCGGUGAGCAUCUUUCCAUGGAGAAGACAAAGAAUUUCAACAUCCUAAUUUCAAUGGAAAGGAAAUGAAUAAAUCCAUGAAACUAUGUAUCUUGAAUAAAUAAGAUGCAAAUUGGGAAGCAUCAUCUUGUUGGACUAGUUACUAGAUGUUAUGCUUUUGCCUAGUCUGGCUUUGUUUUUAAUAAAUUGUUUCUCGUAUGCUCGUAGCUAUGCCAUGAGUCUAUGACUCUGCAUAGUAAACUAAGUGUUGUAUUUUAUGUGUGUAUGGCUGUGUACUGUGUAGUCAGUACAAUAAAUUUUAUGUGUAUGAUUUUGCCUAGUUUACCUUGUGAUCAUUGUAAGCUGUUUCAAUGUUAAA